AUGUGCAGAGGGGUAGGCCGGGGCUCCUUCCGCGGCGUGGGACGCCGCGCGUCGCCGCCCGCGGGCGGGCCGCGGGGUCGAAGGCCGGCGGGCGGCGCCGCGCGACGUGGGCGGCCAAGGGCUCGCCGCGUCGUGAUCGCCGUCGCCGUCGCCGUCGCCGUUGCCGUCGCCGACGCCGUCUUGGACGCGGCGCUCGUCGUCGCCUUCUUGUCGCCGAAGCCCGCCGCCGGCUUCUUCUUCGGGGUGACGAGGAUUUUAAAUCAUGGUGAGCAGUUCAUUAUGGAGAAGUUGAAAUUCCUAAAGAUGUCACGGUGGAUCUUCAUUUACUUUUUUAAAUUCAUGCUCACUCAAUACCUCAAUGCUUACGACACAUCUGACGUCAUCAGUUACCACGGCUUCAAGGAAGGUGGCCGCGUGCCAUUAAAUAUUUGCUUCCCACGAGUUUCGUUAUGA